CAUUUAACUAUGCAAUAAAUAGAAAGAACACUUUGAUUGACUUUGGGAAUUGUUUAUCCCGGGAUAUUACUAGGAAAUAUGCACAGAACGAAAAAGAACGGUGGUGUAAGAUGCAAGGGCGGCUGAGGUCAAGAUGUACCGACUGAAUAUACUGUACAGUCCCAUAUGAAUGUGCUGAGGAUUGAGAGCACAUAACAAAUAAUGUAUAAUACUGAAUACAGUAGAACGUAGAAUGAAUGCCGGUGGGUCUCAACACAAAACAAACCUAAAUAGUAGUGGAUGGAAUUGUGACAUUUCGGCACCUGGCCUGGGGCAUCAGUGCAAGCUGUUGUUAUAGAGAAGAACAGCUACAUUCUUUCUAGCAUGGGUCAUGAGAAAACGUAUGUAUUUGCCGCGUCUGGUAACAGGAGGCCCCUGAACUAUGUUGAUGAAAAUGGUAAUCUAAAGGGGUUUGAUUUGGAUAUUGCUAAUAGAGUAUGUAGUGUUGCCGGGAAGAAGUGCACAUUUGCAAAACUGCCACUUGGAUGCGUCACCAAUUCUGCAGGGGGGAAAUUCGUACCAGGAAAAGCGUUAGUCACUGGAGAGGCAGAUGGUUGCCUCAGCACAACAAUCACAGCAGAAAGGGAGCUGGUGUUUGACUUCACUCGAGCUUAUUACAAGACCACCGCUAGAUUCCAUGUAGCACCUGGUAAUCCGAGACACUUUUCUCCUGAGGAGAUUCAAGGCAAAAAGAUCACAUUUUUAAAUGGCACAUAUACGAACAUGGAUUGUCUAAAGAGGUUGGGUCUCAAUGGUGCAGUUCCCGUGGUAGCCAAUGGAUUGAGGGAUGCCUUGGCGAAUGUCCUGGAGAAUAGGGUCGACGCUCUAUUUGCUCCGAGACCUGUUAUACCUGGCGUUGAGAGGGUUCCAGGGGAAUAUAACUGUGCCAAAGGUUCAGGGGUGAUGGUCCUUAAGGGUAAUACUUUACCAGAGUGGUGGAACCGAGCCUUUCAGAGAGUGGUUGAAAGUGGAGACUACAGGAGGAUAUGCGAUGCUUCUCCCGCGAGACACGGAGGUCGUCCAGUGAAUUGUUUUAACUACCAGCCUGGUGUUGUAGGAUAAACAUCUAUUGUACCUUGAGUUUGUGUGUCGCUGAAUAUUAUACAAAAAGAAAUUGCCAGGACGUAGGCAAAUCUAUUCGGACUCUUUGUUUAGGGAGCAAGAAAUAGCCUAAAUGGAUUCUUUCAUUCUCUGAGGACAGUCUUAGCAGAAUAUAUGGAUAUUUUACUGUAACACAAUAAUAAAUUUAUUUUGAUAUGUUUUUUUUAUUUUUACUUUCAAUAAUCUCGAGUUCCACUUCAUGAAGGUUAGCUUUUGUUUAUAACUGCAGUAUAUUACCCGAACACAGAUUAUAUUGGUAAUUAAUAUUUUUAUAGGCCCCAAACGUACGCAUUGAGUGUAUACACCGUUAGAGUUGUGUUAGUUUAUUAAAACAGUUUUAUGAGUAUCUCUAAAUAGCCCGUACGGCAGCUAGUCGGGUUAGAUAGUCACAAAUGAAUCCCGGAAAUGAAUUCAGAUUAAAAUUCCAGAUUCCAUGUAUAAGCUACAUGUACAAUAGAAUAUACUCUAAUAAUAAUCAUCGAAUGGCAUAUUUC